CUACUUCUACUUUUUGGCCUUCUAUUUGCAAUGAAGUGAUGGGACCAGAUGCCAUGAUAUCAUUUGCUUGUAAUAUAACAAGGGUGAGCCAGGUAAAUGAAGGAUGAAUGACUUCGUUUGGUUUGGAAAUAGAUCCGAGUUGGGAGAUGAUUUGGAAAGGGGGUAAAUUGACUAUGAGACGGCUGGGCCUUCCUUAUUCUUAAACUUUUGAUGUUUAAGCUUUUCCACUUGGGGCAAGGCAAGAAGGCCUGAAAAAGCAAAAAGCAAAAAAAAAAGAAAAACUCUUGAAGAAAACAAACAAGAUGUCUUUGCUUGCUGUUGGUUCUUUCUGCAGUGCACCACAUAACUAAAUCACAAGUCUGUUCAAGUUAGAAGUCACAUUUCUUCCUGCUCUCCUUAGGGAGCUGGUCCCCAGGCUGGCUUGCCCAUUGUGAUCACCAGGGAAGCCUCGAAAAUAACUGAGGCCAUGUCCCCCUCCUAGAGAUUGUGGGUUUCCUGUGUGUCCCGGCCUUGAAAUUUUAAAAAAGGACUCCCAGGUAAUCCUAACAUGCAGACAAGUUUGAGAGCCACAGGGUUUAUUUAACAUCAAAUGUGUAAAUACAUCUGACCUUCCCACAACUUAAAUAUGUUCCGCCCUGUAAGACGCACACAAGAGAACCUUUCCACGUCAGCACAGUCAAGGCUUUCAAAACCAAACAUAACCAGUUAGAGCAAUGAAAGAAAAAACAGAGGAAUAACACUGUUGUUUCCUUAUGGAGAAAGACAAGUUCCAGCAGUUAGAACUAGAGAAGAGUGGACCUUCCAAAAGGACAACUCCCAGAAGAAUUAUUCAUUUUGCUGAUGGAGACAUCAUGGAAGAAUAUAGCACAGAGGAGGAGGAAGAAGAAGCUAAAGAACAGAGAACACAUUCAACACUUGAUCCUUCUAAACUUGCCUGGGGGCCCUACCUAUGGUUUUGUGCAGGGCAAAUAGCAAGAGCCUCAUUUUCUACCUGUGAAUUCCUUGGUGAAAGAUUUGCUGUCUUCUUUGGUCUUCAUCAGCCCAAGUACCAAUAUAUGUUAAAUGAGUACUGUAGAACAAGAAGUAAGCAAAGUGACAAGGGAAGUGAAGAGAAUGGAUCAAAGGCCCAACCAGCCAAUGUUCCUAAUGAGAAAUGUCACCUGGAGGCCAGGGGCCAUGAGUAUGGAACAAGACUACGAGAUGUUGCGGAGGGCAUUUCUCAGUGGAGUGCCUCAUCCAAGGAGGGCCUGAUGGCAGAUUCCAGCUCCUGAUGGGCAGCGGGGUGUUACAGUUCCCCUGGAUUUCUGUUCCCUGGUCAUUGGUUACCACGGCAACAGCACCACAGGUGGUGCUUCUGAGCCAGAUCUGAUCUUAAUCUCUUUGUGAUUUAUUCUCCAUUAGCCAGGAAUUGCAAGCCAUCAUGAGAACAAUUGUGGUUUCUUUCUCAAUAUACAUUUUUAUUUAUAAGCCCUGAAACCCAACUCCACUCCAGUGAUGCAAGUCCUGUCCAUCAGUUGUGGGCUGUUAGUAUUGAUAUUUGCAUAGUAGUGUAAGUGACUGAUGGAGGAGGGCAUGGCAACCCACUCCAGUAUCCUUGCCUGGAGAAUCCCAUGGACAGAGGAGUCUGGUGGGCUACAGUCCAUAGGGUUGCAAAGAGUUGGACACGACUGAAGUGACUAAGGACAGCACAGCACAGCACAUAAAUGCCUUAGGGAACUUGGGCAUGGGAGUUUCAGGCUAAAACUCUUUGUCAGGUGGCUAGGGUGUAGAAAAGAAUCCUCUGUUCCCAAAAAGAAACCUUGGGCAUCAUAAAGUCUAAAUAAAACUUUCUUUUGGGGUUUGACACAAGGGAUGUCCUUCCCUACAGCUGUGCUGGUUUACUUGAGGCUUGUUUUCCCCAAUAAGCAAACAUUGCUAAUAACUCUGUUACAAGAUAGCAGUCUUUGAGAGUUGGGUGCAUUUUUCUCCAAACACAUAAAAAAUAAAUGGCAAUCUAAAUUCUACAGAAAGUAUUUGGGAAAAGUGAAUGACUCUCUCAUUAACUUGUCAAUAAAUUUUCGAUAACUGUAAAGAUCAGACAUGGGACUCAUAACUGCAUAACACAAGGUGUGCUGGCCAAAGGUAGCUAUGAUAUACAAAACUACAGGUUUUGCAGUAAUAAGACCUGAGCUCAAGUUUCAAUUCCACUUCUUACUAAUUGUAUAAUUUUAGAUGUCUUAAUUUCUGAGCCUCCACGUCUUUCUUUGUAAAAUAGGGGUUUUAUUUGUUUCUCAAGGGUUAAACAAACUGAAAUAAUAAAUGUGAAAACUCUUCUAAAAAC